AUGUCGAACUCCGCAGAGCUCGAGAAGACCGUGAGCCCCUUUGAAAAUGAGCAGGAGUGUGACCGAAGCGAGCUUGCUGCUCAGUAUGCGGCAUUUGAAGAGAGCUUGACUGUUUACCAGACCCUUCGACUGUAUUGGCGCUCGAUUUUAUGGGUCAUGUAUGGCCUGGCGCUGGUGUUUGGGUUUGGUAUCGACGGAAACGUCGCUGCCAACUUGCUAGCGAUGCCCAGGUUCCGGGUCGACUAUGGCAAGGAGCUGGAUAGCGGGGGUGUUGUUUCGUAUAUCAUUCCGGCAAACUGGUUAUCACUGUUCACCGGCAUUUCGCAACUUUGCGCGAUUAUUGGAGCUUUUGGGGCAGGCUGGCUGGCCGAUCGUAUUGGUCGAAAGUACACGGCGUUGAUCUCCUGCGUGAUUUCCAUCGGUGGGGUUGCAGCUCAGUUCGCUUCGCACGGUUCGCUGGGUGUUCUGGCUGCUGGAAAAGCAAUCAAUGGAAUACCGACCGGAAUGUGGCUCGUUAUUGGCCCUCUGUAUGCAUCUGAGACUGCCCCCCUGAAACUCCGCGGGGUGCUCAUUGCCAUGACGAACAUCGUGUCGCUGAGCGGCGUUCUUCUCUUUACAGGAGUGGUUUACCAGGUCGGAUCGUCGACUACUGCGGCCGCCUACAGAAUUCCGCUUGCUUGCCAAUGGAUUGUACCGGGCUUGAUUAUAUUGACUGCGGUCUUCUGGCCCGAGUCCCCGGUCUGGUUGGUGCGGAUGGGCAAACCAGAGGCUGCGAUGAAAGCGAUCAAACAAUUAUACGGGUCCGACAAGGGAAGGAUCGAUGGCGAGGCAGUCUUGGCCCAGAUCGAAGAGACUAUCGAGCGAGAAAGACGAUUAUCCGCAGACAAAGCAUCUUAUAUUGAGUGUUUUGCCAAAGGAAACCGUCAAAACACCCUCAUGAGCAUGUUUGUCUACGCCUGCCAAUAUCUCUCUGGGGUUGUUCUUGUGCAGGGCUACCAGAGCUAUAUGUAUGAGCUUCUCGGAUACUCUUCGCAUGAGGCCUUGCUCCUGGGCCUAUUGAAUAUUGCAUUGCAGUGGAUCGCCAAUGUAUGCUCUUGGUUCCUGAUUCCUACUAUCGGCCCUAGAAAUCUAAUUGUCUGGGGUCAACUGCUUGCUGCAAUCAGUCUAUUUAUCAUUGGAGGCGCAUGCACCGGUUCCACCCAGGCCGCAAACCAGGUUGCGGUUGGUUUCAUGUUCAUAUGGGGUGUUAUCUAUCAAUUGUCAGUCGGCGCUGCCUCCUGGACCGUCGUCGGAGAGCUUCCAGUGCUAAGGCUUCGGUCCAAAACCCAAGCUUUGUCCAAUGCGACCCUCCAGUUUUUCCAGUGGCUGAUUGGGUUUGUGUUUCCGUACAUGUUCAACCCGGAUGCAGGAAAUCUUGGAGGAAAAGUCGCUUUUGUCUUUGGUGGCACGACCAUGGUGGGCUUCCUAGUAACAUUCCUUUUCCUCCCGGAGCUGAGGAACCCAUACAAAAAAUGA